AUGGCUGCGACUCACCCUGGAGCAAAUACUGAUCACCGCCCCCGCCAACUUUCAGACGGCUAUGGGGCUCAAGGCAAGAUCGCCUGCGAGGAAUGUCGGAAGCGCAAGGUCCGCUGCGAUGGGGAGUCGCCCAGGUGCGGUGCCUGCGUGGACGGCGGCUUGACAUGUAGAAUCAUUGCCAGGAAAUCGGCCAGAGGGCCAAAGAAGGGUCUUCUGAGGACCCUCCGAAUGCAAGUUGCUGAGCUCAAGGACCGUCUGCAGGAACGCGGACCAGGGAGUUUGAAAACCGAGCAAGACGAUACAUCAGCGAAGUGCUUGCAGUUCAGCCAGGUCGACCACGAUCCAGUUAUAUCCACUAACAUACCUCCCUCUAAUGGCACGCUGUCCCCUGACGGCUGCCCAAUGGGGGGACAGUCUCCUAAUGGGGCCUGUCUCUCUGAUCUCGAAAAAUCAGAUCUAACCGAUCUGUACUUUGACCGGGUCCACCCAUGCAUGCCCUUUAUCCAAAGACGCCGCUUCUUCAACUGGGCCAGUAGUCCACAUUUGACACCCGGCCAGGCGUGCCUGAAGCUUGCCAUGUGGACCGUCGCUGCCUCGCUCUCAUCACAGUAUACCAGAACCGCCAAGGGCCUCUACCUGCAGACGCGAAGGGAACUCGAGGAACUCGAACUCAACAGCUUCGGCUUAGACCCUGUUCACAUUGAACAAGUCCAGGCGUGGGCAUUGGUCUCGCUUUACGAGUUCCUGCAAAUGUUCUACAGAAGAGGCUGGCUCAGCCUGGGCCGUGCGUGCCGAUUAGUCCACCCAUUGGGGCUAUACAAGAUCGAUUGCGAGAACAACAUCCUGACGGAAGCAAUGGAGCAUUCACCAACGGAGACAGAGGAAAGACGACGCACCUUUUGGAUGAUCUACUGCGUUGAUCGCCUCGUCAGCAUACGAAACGACUGGCCACUCAACUUCAGUGAAUUCGUCAUCUGCACCCGGCUCCCAGUCCCAGAACCAGACUUCCAAGACGAAAACCCGCGACUCGGCCCAUUCCUCUCUGAAUCCAUGGCCUCCGAGUCCCCCCUAUCCGCCUUUACGCAACUAAUCAUCUUCGUCACCAUCUGCGGGCGCUGCGCCUCCCACCGACAGCAGACACUAGUGGAAUCCGUCUACGGAAACACUAACAGCGACUUCUGGGAGAGACAUCGGUGGAUCCACGCGAGUCUGCGCCAGAAACUGCAGCUUAUCUCGUAUACAUCCGAUGCGGCGGUGUGGUCAUCUGGUCCGAUGCAUCUCUUCGCGACUAUGAUGGCGCAUGCCACUGUUAUAUACCUGCACAAUAUCCUACGGGAUUUCCUUGCCGAGGAUGAUAUGGGCGAAGAGGCAGUUUGUCUGUACAAGGAUGCGCAGAGUGCAGCGGCCCAAGUUGCGAUUCUGUGUCGGUCGCUGGAUAGUUUGAGUGUUUUCAAGAUCCAUCCAUUCACCCCGUAUAUGGUGUACUCUGCCGCGGAAUUGCUAUCCCAUGAGAAAGGGGGUCCUGCCGAGAUACACUUUUCUGAGCUCGUCUCCUUCCUGCACCGGUUAAAGCCCGUUAAUCAACUGGCCGAUAGCUAUCUGAGACAGCUGCCGCUUCUAUAG